UGUUUUUUAUCAACUCGUGAGUGAAGUUUGCCACAAGUUGUUACAGCGUUGUGAUUAGCUCGACUGGCGGGGGAUUAUCUGCGUUCAGGGAUAGCGGCAGGAGUUACGUGCUGUGAAAACACUGCCUCCCCUCCUGGAGAGCUGGACGCAGAUGUAGUGAGGGCGAGCGACAGUUAGACAACGACAGUUGUAGACCGUAGACACAAGGGAUAGACUCCCUGGGUUACAAGGAGUGGCCAUUCGGAAUUCUGGGAUCUUACACCGCACAGGAAGUGACAAUAUCUUUCAACACACAUCCAACGUGGACCAGAUAUGAGAAGAAGUUUUCAUUAAUUCUACAUCAUAAUUCCCUUGGAUUCUGCAGUAUUACCUCACCAUGUCUGUGAACGGAGAUUCAGAAUAUGUCCCCUCCCCCCGGCCUCACCCCCGUGUCCGCCCUGAGGCCAUGAGCAAUGCGGAGAGGAACCGUGGUGGGAUAGAGAAGUGGUUUGACUAUUCCGACAACAUCAACAACUACAGCUCCCCACGCCCUGGUGUACGGAACGUAUCGGCUGAAGCGCAGAAAAUAGCUGACAUCAACAAAGGUAGCAUGAAUAAUAUGAUGCAGGGCUACCCUGAUCCGCCAAUCCAGCGACAGAUUCACCCCCGGGGCGUCAGUGGGGAGGCAGCGGAAGUUGCGAACUCCAACAAAGGGGCAGAAAUGAGGAGACUUAUCGAUAACUAUGGCAACCUGGAGGUGUCGGACAGACCGGGGAAGAAGGUGAAGGGCAGUGAUGCUGAGGAGUAUGCAGUCAGGAAUAACGGCACCGUCAAUAACGUGAUGAACAAUUACGGCAACCACCCCAUGUCCCCUGCCCCACCCGCCAAAUUGGGGCUAGGGGGUGAGGAGGUUGCUGUCAAACACAAGGGUGCUGGCAUGGGUCCUCUGCUACGGAUGGAGGAGAAGAGGUCACCAAAAGAUAUCAAGAUCAGCAGUCUUCAUCAGCAGUCUGAAGGGGGCUGGGACGAGAUCCCCCCUCACCACCGCCUGCGCCCCGAGGCCGAGCAGAUCGCCAGCAAGAACUCCAUGGACAGCAUGGGGGACAUAAUGGCCAUGGCCGUGUCACCAGGAGGACAGUCGCCAGGACAGUCACCAGCAAACAAGAAAUCAGUGCCCAAACACAUGAUGACCACUGAAGAUAGGCGUCCCAAGACGUCGCCAGUGCGUACCCGGCCAGAAGCCAUGCAGAACUACCAGCGGAACCGGAACUGUGAAAUGGCAGCCAUCAUGCGAGGGGAAUCACAGACUUCAACUCCACAAAGGAAAAACAACAGGAUGCUGCAGAGGUCGGAAAACUGGUGAUGACCUUGACCUUUUACACCAACUCUGCAGAGGAAGAACACAGAGGUCGGAGAACUGGUGAUGACCUUGACCUUUGGCACCAAUUCCGUGGGAAAGGUCAUGGUAUUGCCAGUAACACCAGAUCAGAAGAUGUUUGAUGUCGAUAUAAAAAAAUGUUUUAGAUUUAAAUGAAAAAAUGAGAAUUGAUGUAAAAGCAACAGCAACAUGUCCAUGGUCAUUUUCUUAAAAUAUGGAAGACUUUGUAUCUGGUAACUCAGCUGUGUAUAUAUACAAGAUCAGCGAAAUUGCAGAAGAACUGAUUCUGUCUGUGGUUUUUAUGCUCGUUUACUGAGUGAGAGGAGGUGACAGAGUUACCUACGAGUUGUCCAUCAAAGGUUAACACUUAUUAUUGUCUCUGAGAAUCAAGUCUCUUGUACAGAUAAAUUGUAUUGCUCAUGUACAUAUCACACAUGCAACACUGCCCUACAGGACAAGUAGCUUGUCUUGUGUCACACAUGUACUGCUGCCAAGGUGAUGUUUGUGUUCAUCACUGAAGGAUAUCCCACCCUGUUGACAAUAGUGCAAGCUGAAUUCAUUGUGUUGACUGAAGUCAAUGGUGUUCAGAAUUGUGACGUUACAGUGUCAUGAUGAAGUUCAACAGUAAGCUGGUGUCAUCCCGGUGUCAGUGUUGCUCUGAGUGCGCUUCAUGAAGCAUGGCCCACACGCACAAAGGUAGCGUAGUGCUACAUCAAUCUUAAGUCUAUGUUAGAGUAUUGGAGUUACGAUCAUUGUAGGGCUAAGAUCACUUUGGGUAAGAAGGCCCGGCACAGCUAGUGCUGCAGCGGUUUCAUAAGACCCAAGGUAGCAGACACAAUGAUCACAUGACCUGAUGCAAAACUGCUCAUUCUCCAAUUUUCUUGAGUCUUUCACACAAACCAUUUUUAUUUUCCAAUUUUGGAAGUCAGUUUUAAAUGCUUUGAGCAGAUCUCCCAAGAACUGCUGUCUAAAGCUUGCAUUUACAUUGUCAGUGGCAAUAGAGCGCCUGUUAUACGGAAAUAUCGAAUGCUACAAGGCAGAGUUGUUUCCCCUGUGUAAGGAACUGACUUCCAGAUGUGUCAGCACUUGCAGAUGUACACAUCAGUUUAAGCUGCACAGGGCUGUACAGCUAAAUGAGCUCGCCAGUUCUCAAGAGCAAUCAUUUUCAGACCCUAAAAUUGUUUGACUAUAGCCUAGAUUUGCUUUCAUUGUUUUGUUGUAGCCACGUUUGAUGGUAUUUACAGGGAUACAUUUUAGACAAUGCUGCUUGUUUGUUUUAUUCUUGCCAUGAUUACAUUUUAACCUGACCAGAUAUUUAUUUAUAGCUUUUUAAGUAUUUUGGGUUAAGGAAAUCAGUUUUACUAGGUUAUCAUGAUCGAUUGGCAUGUUUUCUUCCAAACUGCCAAUUCUUGUUUACAAGAUCUAUCUGUCAGAUGGUACAAUAUCACUGGUGACACUUAAAUAGAAAAUAAACCAGGGAUAGAAAAUAGGAUUUUGAUCUGUAGGAAUGUACGAUUGUGUCAGUGCAAAGAAUGGUAAUGAUCUAGGAUCUCUGCAAGUGAAAGUCAAGUAACAUAUCAGUAUAUUAUGUGUGAGUUGUGAUGGGUUGUUAGGUGUACUCCCACGUUGUGAAUGUAUUUGUAUCUACUGGUGACUGGUUGUGGAGGAGGUUGAGUGUACAAUAACUAGCUGGAGGGGUGGAUUCCAUACUACUAGUCAGGAGCGUGAACUUAGGGCAACCAGUGCAGCACUCUGCUGCCACAGUUCCUGGAGGCAAUGCUCAAAUUAAAAUGUUCAGCAAACUUGUCGAGUUAUCUGCAGAUUUCGUAUGUGGAUAAAUCUGUAUUUGCAGUACCAUAUUCGACGUAAUAAGGGCCCAGGGCACUCACAAAAUUAGAAAUAGGGGGAUCUUACGCUCGUAUUUAUAAGAAUAUUAUAUUGGUGAAAAAAAAAAAAGUUGAAAGAUCGUAUAUUUUGUGGUUUGUGCUGACAGCCUGAAAUGUUUAUAUACGACAGAUAUAUUUUCCAGUAUUUAAUUGCCCAUAAUUUAGGGUGCAUAUAACACAAGAGUGGUAUUAUACACGAAUAAAUAAGUCUUGUGUACAUUGAUCAAUCGGAUAAGGUGCUAAUUGGGAUUGUUCAGUAGCCAAUGUAUUAGCAAAUAUUGCCGUGAGCGCUUAUUAGUGUUGGGUGCUUAUUACGUCGAAUAUGGUAUUUUUAUUUCAUAAGUAUCAAUAUAGUAGUUGUGUCGCAGCUUGAUGAUAAAUUGUUUGGUCACAGACUUUUAUAACUUAUAUAGAUCUGUGGUCUGGUGUAAGUUUUUAUAUCACAUGCUUGUGUAUGCAUUGAAUUUGAAUUUGAAAUAGUUGUCAAGUGUCGAAGAACAUGGGGGUGGGGGUGGAGUCGGGGUGUUUGCUGUGCAUGUAGGUUCAGGAAGACUGCAGGUGAAUGCAUCUGGUGAGCCAUGCAAGCCCUGGGUUCUGUCAGUGUACGGUCUGCCCACUGUACAACGGAGGGGACUGCUGCAGUAUACGUGUAUUAGGUUCUUAUCAAUACACACUAGUAUGUUUAUCUGGAUGUUCUAAUUAAAGAGGGAAUCAGAAAUGAAUGUUGUUCAAUAUUUGUCCAUGAAAACUACACUGUACAGUAAAAUGUUUAUAUGGCACAGGGUCCCUGUGGUUUAAGCUGCCGAAAAUUGCGGUGUAGAGUUGCUUUCCUUAGCCAUGCCAGGAUCAGCGGAAGUGGGUACAAGCAAGAUUCACCCCAAUUAUGAUUCUUGGUCAGUCAGCACAACUCCUUCUCAUGGGCAUCACCAAAUCACCAGUGCCAUACUUCAGUGCCUUACUUGAUUUCUUCGUCCAUUGCAACAAACCACCGUAUAUAUUUUUGUGAUUCUACAAUAUAUUACUCAGCGGUACACAUAUGGUCACAUGGUUGUCUUGUCAUUUUAACUAGUUGUCUGAAUGUCCAUUUAGGUUUUUGUUUCAACAACGGUUGUAUUUAGUAAUGUGAACAACACUUGUUACUUAUAAACACAAAUGCUGCCUUACUAAACUAUUGCACCUAAACAGCCUUAGCUAUGGCUGUGUUCAAUGUGUUAAUUGACUUGCAUCAAAGUUUUUCUGAAGUUUGUAUGUUUUCAAACACAAUUUCACAGAUUUCUUAGUGUUGCUGUUAAAUAUGAUUGUAUCGUUGUGAGCUGAUGUUACUUCAAAACAAGUAACAGUUUGAAACUUAUUCCACGGUUGUAUAAAGGUAAGGAUCACAUACAUGAAUUAAAAAUAUAUUCUGACAAA